AUGGGCGCGGCGCCUACGCUCGAGCAGCGCAUGGCCUGGCGCAGGGAGCAGGUGAAGGAGGAAGCGCAUAAGGACGACGGCGGCGAGGAGGAGGAAGGGAGGAGGCGCAAGCUGCGGUCCCGGCAAGAGGAACGAGAGAACGGCCGCCUCCCCCCCCGUUCUCUUCAUGUGAACCGAACAGACGACACCGCCAAGUCGCUGCCCGCCGAGGACGGGGUUAGUCCCCGGGCUCCCGGCAGGGGGGGGGUGGACACCCCCCCGUUGCCGCCGGGAACCCAACGAGCCGUUGCCGCGCCCCCCGCGCCUGCUGCUGCUGCUGCUCCCGAGCGCGAAGGAGGCGGGGACGCUGGCAAGCACCUGGAGGGGGCGCCGAGAGUUCGAAGCCAGGACAGGGCCGAGGAGGUACUGGAUCGGGGGACGGUACGGGCGAAGGUGGUGGCGAUCUACGAGGAGCACAAUAGAGAUAAGCUUCAUACGGUAGAUGACACCCUGGAUAAGUACGAGGGGAGGUGGGCCGUCAUGCUGCAGGUGGGCGGGGAGGCCGUGGGGAGGCUGGUGUUCCGGCUCUUCGCCGACAAGACCCCCAAGGCUGCGGAGAACUUCCGCGCGCUCUGCACGGGGGAGAAAGUGAGAGAAGUGCCGUGCGCUGUUCCCCACCUGGACGGGAAGCACGUGGUAUUUGGGGAAGUGGAGAGCGGGAUUAAGGUGCUUGACCGCAUGAAAUCGGUGACGCUGCUUGAGCCCAAGAGAGACGGGAAACCGGCGCCGGACCAGCGGGUGGUGAUCUCCCGCUGCGGGCAGCUCAAGGAGGACGGGACCGAAGUUGAGCGCGCAGCCACCUCAGCUGGUGUCCCGCCGCCCACCGGGGGUAUGUUCGCGUCUUCUAGUCUGGCAACCCCCCUCGCCUCCGCCCCGAUCUUUGGCCGGCCAUCGAACCUCGGAACCCCCUCCGCGGCAAGGACGGGGUCGAUUUUCUCAUCGACAGGCUUUGGAGGCGCCGCCGCAAGCUUUGGAGGUGGUACCGUAGGCGGUGGAUCCGGUGGCGGUGGCGGGGGAAUCUUCGGGUCUGGGCCGAAGACCCCGGUGGUUCCGUCGUUCGGCCAAGCUGGCGCUGGCGCUUCCCCCGUGACUGCUCAAAGCGACAGCGAGAGGGCGGGCGAGGAGGUGGCAGUGAAAGCGAAGCCAAGCGGCGGUGGUCUUCCCGCUGCCGGUGCGGCCUCUUCGGGGCUCCCAGGCACGCCUCGCGUCCAGUCCGUGGCGUCUUCGUUCGGUUCCCUGGCGGCUGCUAUUGCGUCUGGACCUCCCAACUUCGCAAGCGCCGCGGCGCCGGGCGCCGCCGCGCCUUCCACGAGCGGCGGCGGCGGCAGUAAGGAUGGCUUCAGCACCCCCCCCGUCCACAACCGCUACUUUGCGACUCCCCCGCGCGACCUCUCCGUGGUGGCGGCUCGGGUGGUCGCUCUCACGCCCUCGUCGGGCCGGCGGCGGAGCGGCUCCAGCCCGAGGCCCCACGGCGGCGCGGCGGGGGCGGCGUUCGACCGGCUUGACGGCGCGGGCACCGGGUGGGUCGGCCGGGAGGAGUUCGAGGCCCUCGUCGGCAGCGCCGGGCUGCCGUUCGAGACGGAGAAGCACGGGCAGGCCCUGCUGAAGCUGUGCGUCCCCCGGCUCCCCCGCGACCGGUUCCUGGAAUGGUACGCGGGCGCGAGGAGGGAGCAGCGAGAGGCGGCGGGCGCGGCCGGGGCCGCCCGCGAGGCCGCCGUGGGCUCGGGAGGACGACCGCCGCGGUCGAGAAGCGGCAGCGAUUACAGCAGUAGCGGCGUCCCAGCAGCAGGAAAACCGAAAGCAGCCGCGGUCGAUGCGGCGGCGGUGGCCGACCAGGGCGGCGGCGACGGCGGUGUUCCUGCUGGCGUUGUGCGCGAAACCGGUUCUGGCGGCACAUCCUCGGACAAGGAGGACGAUGCCGACGCUGAUGCCACUGGCGAGAGCGGGGACGAGGAGGAGCGCAGGGAGGAGAAGGCCAAGGCCGAGAAGGCUUUCACGGAGGUCGACAGCGCCGCCAAGGGGUGGGUGGAAGAGAGCCAGUUCGAGGCGCUGAUGGAAGCGGUCGGCACCACCUACGCCGUGGAGGACCACAAGCCGAAACUGUUGGCGAUCUGCACGGCCGGCCGGUUGGAGAGGCAGGCGUUCUUGGCGUGGUACAUGGACUGGCUGUUCGGCGAGGAGGAAUCAUCGCACGACGAGUGGGGGGAAGGGGACGAGAGCAGCCCCAACGCCGUCGGGCGAGCACCGAAGGACGCCGGGUUUGCUGCUCUGGUGAGGCACCAGGCGGGUGGUUGGAAGUGCGCCGCGUGCUUGGUGUCAAACGCCAAGGCGGUUUUGAAGUGCGCAUCGUGCGAGGCCGUAAGGCCGGGGCAAGAGGAUAAGGUGGUGGCGUCUGGCGUGUUGGGUGGGGCGGGCAUCUUGGGAGGGUCGGGCAGCGGGCCCACGGGGGGGGUUACCUUCGGGUCGCCCGUCCCUCCCGUUGCCAAGACGGCCACGGCGUCUUCAAUUGCUCCGGCUAGCAGCACUGGAGGGGGGUUUUCCUUCGGGGCUCCCUUGCCUGCCUCAGGGGCUAGGUCUUCAUCCGCCGCCUUGUUGCAUCCUAGCGCGGGGACCAAUUCGGCGGGAGGGUUCACGUUUGGCGCGCCGGUGGCGGCCAAGUCGUCGGCCUCAGCGCCCGCCGCAGGAACCUCCACCGCUUCGAUCGCGUCGGCUAAUGAGGCCGAGGUGGAGCCAACAGAAUCUCCUGUCAACGCCGAGGAUGAUAGUGACAGCGACGGCGAUAGCGGAGACGAGGAGGAGCAGAGAGCCAAGGCGGAGGCAGCGUUCGACAAGGUGGAUAAUGCCGCCAAGGGGUGGGUGGAAGAGAGCCAGUUCGAGGCGCUGAUGGAAGCGGUCGGCACCACUUACGCCGUGGAGGACCACAAGCCGAAGCUGCUGGCGAUCUGCACGGCCGGCCGGUUGGAAAGGCAGGCGUUCCUGACGUGGUACAUGGACUGGCUGUUUGGCGAGGAGGAGUCAUCGGAGGAGGAGGGGGAGCUUAAACCAAGCGUGGCCGCUGAGGGAUCGAAGGACGCCGGGUUUGCUGCUCUGGUGAAGCGGCAGGCGGGUGGGUGGAAGUGCACCGCGUGCUUGGUGUCUAACGCCGAGGUGGCUUUGAAAUGCGCGUCGUGCGAGACGGCAAAGCCAGGGGAAGAGGGUAAUGUUCGGGCGGGCAUUUUGGGAGGUCCCAGCAGUGGGUCUGCGGGUGGGUUCACCUUCGGAACUCCGUGCAAUACCGCUGUGGUGGCGGUGGCCGAGACGGGCAAGGUUUCUUCCACUAUUGCUGUUGCAACAAACGCCGCGGGAGGCUUUUCCUUCGGAGUUUCGCCGCCCGCUCAAACCGGCGCAGUCCCCGCUGAGGAGCCGGAGAGCAAGCCUUGUGCUGGCUCGGGGGGCAUUGGAGGUGAUUCGGCCGGUGGCGCGGGCUUCACAAGCGGCAGCUCGACCAGCGGCUUCACGUGCGGGGCGCUGCCCGGCCCAGCGGCGGAUGAGCACGCGCGACAGUGAUACCACUGAAGAGAGCGGGG